AUGAAACCUUUGCAGCAAUUGGCCAACCGUUUUGCUGAAAACCGUAUUAAUAAUAUACAUUUUAAAAAUAAAUCAUCGCAACAAAAUGGUCCGAUAAAUGCUUAUUGUAAAUUAAAGGAAAGACCUCUUACCGCAAAUUCCUGUGUACCACAAUAUACUGGAUGGAAAACCAACAAGUUUACAAUAAAGAUAAACAAUUCAGAUAAUUGUGUGAAAAUUAAAAAUGGUUCUUUAGUACUUCUAGAAAAUAUUGCAACAUCUAAAAUAGAUAAUAAUAAAAUAUUAGUUGUAGGACGAUGCUAUGAAAAGAUACAAGAUUUUGUUAACACACCAUGUUCAUCACAGUUGUUGGAUAUUCAUGAAGUGCGCCAAUUGGGAAGUUUACAGUCAUGGCCACUAGAAGAGGUUGUAAAUAAAUUAGUUAGAUUACCUUUAAAUGGUGAUAAAUUUGUUCUUAUUCCAUUUGCCCAUGAUACUUAG